AGAUGGCUGUGUUACAGUUCAUAUCAAGUGGCUUACCUAAAGUAGGUCACAGUAACUCUUGAAAACAGCCCAUAAUGAUAGUUAAAGUCCAGUCAGUUUCUAUGUUGUCAAGCAUCAUUGCCUAAUAUAUGUACGCAUCACGUACCUAUUUUUAUCAUAAAAAUGUAUGUACGCAUCAUGUACCUAUUUUUAUCAUAAAAUGUAUGUACGCAUCUGUACCGAUUUUUAUCAUAAAAAUGUAUGUACGCAUCUGUACCUAUUUUUAUCAUAAAAAUGUAUGUACGCAUGCUUACCAAUUUUUAUGAUAAAAUGUAUGUACGCGUCACGUACCAAUUUUUUACCACAAUUCAUCUGCUACCCUGUACCGCUGACUGAAACAAUUAACCAUCGUUUGUCAGGUAGCAGUACCAAGCACAAUCCACUGCGACCAUCUUAUUGAAGCUCAAGUCGGAGCAAGUCAAGAUCUGGCAAAGGCUAAGGACAUCAACAGUGAGGUGUACGAUUUUCUGGGCACUGCCUCGGCUAAGUAUGGUAUUGGAUUCUGGAAACCUGGUAGUGGCAUUAUACAUCAGAUUAUUCUUGAAAACUAUGCCUUUCCAGGAGCAUUGUUGAUCGGUACUGACAGUCACACGCCCAAUGGAGGUAUUACUAUAUUUAUUGGCAAAAUCGCGGUGUAAACAUGCACGAAGAGUUUGCAUGAUAUGCAUUAAAGAUCUUUGAAAAUAGAUGUAUAUAUAAAUGUGUCGUGGGACUUAGCUUUGAAUAGUAUGACACAUUUGUUUUUAUUUAAGGUGGUCUAGGUGGUUUAUGUAUUGGUGUGGGUGGUGCUGAUGCUGUUGAUGUCAUGGCCAAUAUACCCUGGGAAUUGAAAUGUCCAAAGGUAAACUCUGAUGCAUCCAACCGCGCUGUGAUAGAGUUUCAUAUAGUGAUUAUAACGUGAUUCAAGUUGAGACUAUCUUUGAUAUUCUCAUAUCUUUGACAGGUUAUAGGUGUGAAAUUAACUGGGAAAUUGAGCGGUUGGACAUCGCCCAAAGGUUCGUUUCAUUUGCACAUCAGUGCUGUUCUCCUUAUGUACAGUAAUAUAUCAGAAAGUCAAUGCAAAGGUUGUUAUUUUCUUUUCAGAUGUGAUUCUCAAAGUAGCAGAUAUUCUCACAGUUAAAGGUGGCACUGGUGCUAUUGUAGAGUACCAUGGUCCCGGUGUUGACUCCAUCUCUUGUACAGGUAAGAUGUGGUCAUCACGAACGGAUUACAAGAAGAAACCUAAACUAAACUAAGUUUAUUUAUACUGCAUAGCUCCAGCCUAGUCCCUAGCCGUUCUGCAACUUGCACCAACGAACAAACGAACAGAUCAAACUGAUAAGACUGACUGGCUUAGGUAUGUCAGUUAGUUGCGACGUCACCGCGCAUGUACCCCUUCGUACCCCUAUGCAUCAAGCAUAGCUAACGACGCGCGAGAGAGAGCCUACGGCUAGGCUGCCAUAGCUCCAUUAGUUCUAAAUUGUUUUCCUAGAAGUCCAGUAACUGCAGGUGUCCAACGUACAUUCUCGUACCCAGAGCCCUUCUUACGCGCGAUCAACGGAGCGCGACGAGGGGCUCUGGCAAAAUCCAAACCGGAUACCAUAAAAACAUGAUAUCCGGUUAAACACUGCGCAUGCUCAAUAAGAGUUGAACAUGCGCAGUGUUUAACCGGAUACCAUGUUUUUAUGGUAUCCAACGUACAUUCUGCCCAGAGCCCUUCUUACGCGCGAUCAACGGAGCGCGACGAGGGGCUCUGGGUACGAGAAUGUCGAACCACUCUGCCAGCCCAGAAUGCGUCUACCCUUCGAAUAAUUCUAUCUCGUUCUGCAUUUUUUUGCGGUUAGGAAUGGGAACGAUCUGCAACAUGGGAGCCGAGAUCGGAGCGACGACAUCUGUCUUCCCAUUCAACUCGCGCAUGGCUGACUAUCUGAAGGCAACAGGUCGUGAAGAUAUCAGUGGCUUGGCUCAGAAGAAUAUCCAUAUUCUGGAGGCUGAUGCAGGAUGCGAAUAUGAUGAAUUGAUUGAGAUUAAUUUGGACGAGGUAUUGGGUUUAGCCAUUAGCAGACAGAUGGUGUGUGGGUCACUUUGAAGCUUACUCUUUUUUUCAAGCAACAUUUUCAGCUUGCUGGACACACUCGGAGAGCAUCAUCUUAAAUAUUACUUUUUUGUUAAGAUAAAUAUGAUGUUGUUUUCAGCUUGAACCUCAUGUGAACGGACCUUUUACGCCAGAUUUGGGCACACCUAUUUCUAAAUUGGGUGAAGUUGCCGAAAAGAAUGGCUGGCCAUUGGAAAUCAAAGUAGGUAAGUAUUUCCAUCAAAAGUCUGGAUUUGUUUAGCUGUUUCGCUUUAGGCAUAAACCAGUCGACAUUGGUGAGUUUCAGUAAGCGUUGCAAGGCAGUAGAUGAUGCUUUGUGAAACCUAUCUUUCAUCGUUUUCUUCAGCCUUGAUUGGCAGUUGUACAAACAGCAGCUACGAAGACAUGACAAGAUCAGCAAGUAUUGCAAAACAGGCUUUGGAUCACGGCGUUCAGUCCAAGUACGUUAUAUUGUGAGCUAGUUUAACGAUAGUUGUAAUGGCGUAAUGAAUCCAAGUACGUUAUAUUGUGAGCUAGUUUAACGAUAGUUGUAAUGGCGUAAUGAAUCCAAGUACGUUAUAUUGUGAGCUAGUUUAACGAUAGUUGUAAUGGCGUAAUGAAUCCAAGUACGUUAUAUUGUGAGCUAGUUUAACGAUAGUUGUAAUGGCGUAAUGAAUCCAAGUACGUUAUAUUGUGAGCUAGUUUAACGAUAGUUGUAAUGGCGUAAUGAAUCCAAGUACGUUAUAUUGUGAGCUAGUUUAACGAUAGUUGUAAUGGCGUAAUGAAUCCAAGUACGUUAUAUUGUGAGCUAGUUUAACGAUAGUUGUAAUGGCGUAAUGAAUCCAAGUACGUUAUAUUGUGAGCUAGUUUAACGAUAGUUGUAAUGGCGUAAUGAAUCCAA